AUGGGCGGUGUAGCUAAGAUGACAGCUGCAGGGCUCUGCUGGUUACUGCUAGGCGUGAUAAAGGAGACGAAGGUCACCCGGCUGUGCCACGAGAAGACCAUCCUGGCCGUGAACGGGCAGUUCCCCGGGCCGACCAUCUACGCGCGCAAGGGCGACGUGGUGGUGGUGAACGUGUGCAACCAGGGCAGCAAGAACAUCACCUUCCACUGGAACGGCGUGGACCAGCCGCGGAACCCGUUGUCCGACGGGCUGGAGUACAUCACGCAGUGCCCCAUCCAGCCCGGUGCCAGCUCCACCACCUACCGCAUCAUCUUCACCGAGGAGGAGGGCACGCUGUGGUGGCAUGCGCACAGCGACUACGACCGCGCCACCGUGCACGGCGCCAUCGUCAUCAGCCCCGACUACCUUUACCCCACUACGAGUAUGUAUUAG